AUGACGACCAACAAAGAUUCGGAAACUAACCCAUCACUGUGCUUUUUGAUACCUGGCUACGGCUUUACAUUUAAAUUGUCCUGUAUCCCCGACCUGGAACAAGAAGAAAACGGAAUGUCAAACCUUAGCCAGAUUUCAUUGCUGUACACGGAAAACUGGAUAAUGAUCAUCUUUGAUGUGUUCUUAUAUCAAUUGAAAUGUUUGGUCUUCCUGACGCUAGUGACGCUAUUGGGCGCCAGCUGCGCAGAUGUUAUGCUGGAACUUAGUGACCGCUUUCUGGACGUCCGAAACGAAGGCCAGUGGUUUGUGAUGUUUUAUGCUCCUUGGUGCGGUCACUGCAAGAAACUGGAACCGGUAUGGGCUCAUGUCGCUCAGGCUCUCUUCAAUACGAAUAUCCGUGUUGGACGGGUGGAUUGGAUUCACUGCAUCGCGCAAGCGUUUAAGGUGAAUGCGUAUCCUACGAUUUUGUUGUAACAUAAAGGCCCUUACGACUAUCCUACAAUGGAGAUCAGCAAGGAUGAGUUGAUCCACUUCGUGAAUAGACUCUCGGGCACCGUUCAGCAGGUCACCCGUGCGGCCAGUAUUGAUAUCCUAAAAUCAAAUAAAAUCUUCUUCACGUACGUUGGCAAACAGGAUGGUCUUUUGUGGGAUGUUUAUAGUGCAGCGGAAGUCUAUCAGCCACGCUAUUUCUACGCAACAUCAGUGGAGAUGGCAGGCAACGCUUCGAAUCGAUACCGUCCGGCCGCCUUGGUAUACAAAGAACGCAGUCACUACUUUCCAAUUUCGGAUAAUUUCGAGUUUAUCGAACCUGCACAUUUGAAUGAAUCGCUGUUCAGAUGGAUCAAUGAAGAACGAUUCCCGACGUUCCCAAAGGUCACCGAGGCACACCAUCAUUUUGCAGACGAAGAUACCUCGUGUUGGCUGGUCGAGGAAAACAAGCUGAGAAUCGCAGCUGAGCAGGAGUUCAGAGACAUGGUGGGAAUUUUCGUCCACAAAAAACAGUAUCACGGACCUUCCAUUCGGUUGGGUUGGAACACCGAUCUGGCACAUUCCAUUGCCAUGGAUAAGCUGGCCACACACAUCUUAUGAGUGCUGAAUGCCAGCACCAACGACAUCACAUUCGGAGGACGAUCCCUUCAGCUAACACCGGAGGCAAUUGAAUUGUUUUUGGAUAGUAUUCACAAUCAGACGGCUCAGGCAUUCGUGUGAAAUUCGACGGUGCGGAUCUACCGCGCCUGGUUCAGGCCAAGAACUCUCUGUACGAGAUGGAUGGGUAAUCCAGUCCUGUCGGUCCUGUUCGCUUCCCAAUUCCUCUCACUGAUCCUUUACUCGAUCUGCUGCGAUAUCCUGGAUGCUGACGAGGAAGAAGAUGAACCCAAACACGAGAAAAGGAAAAACAGGCUUCCUGAGCGAUGCGAUUCCGAACCGCAAACUGGCAGUGGUCCUAAAAAUCUAACGCUAAUGUUUGCCAUGGUGAUGAAGGAAGACGACUACGAUGCAUCGGUUCGGGUGGUUCAGGAGCAGCAACUAAUGCCCACCACGUUUGAUCUCAAGUGGCUUUUCAUCAUCACAAUUCGGAUGACCUUCGAGGCGAAUUAG